CACCAAACUCUCCCCAGACGAUCCGCACGCAAGGUAGGCCGACCACCGCCGCUCCCGCCUUCGACGCUCGCCAUCCCUGGUUCCCAUCCCCGUGAAGGCGCAUUGAGGUUUCACAUUGCCUCAUUGAAUCGCAUCACACAUCACACGCUCCAGCAUCGUCUCCAUUCAUUGUGCCUCCAUGACAUCAGUCGACGUAUCCAUGUCGACCUUUUCAGAAAGACCGUCAUCUCACGCGCUUUCCUACCACGGCCGGUCGGGAGACAAUGAGACUGAUCCGAAUAAGUCGAAGUAUGGGAAACUCGACAAAUCCCCCGUGCAUGGGAAGAAAGUGAUGUAUCCUCCUCGACUGCUCGUCGAUUUCACCUCCCUCCAUAUUGAAGCGCUCAACAAGUACGUCGCGUUCUACCAGAUUCCUAUCCGCGACGAGUGCACGAAAGACGAACUUGCGGCGCUCGUUGCAAGGCAUUUCGACGGGUCCCUCGAAGUGGAAGAAGACGAGUCAAUUCUUUCCUUUGUCACGAGGGUGCGCAACGGUGAAAAAACGACUCGCGUGCGCCCGCCUGCGCCGAAACCUGUGACGUCCGUCAAAAAGCCCAAUCGGGGAAACGACGACACCAAGGCUGCCACUGCCACUUCGACGGCACCCACAUCGUCGUCCACGAGCAAGCGUACCCGCGAUGACGACCACGAAAAGGACAAUGAAGGAGAUUCCCCCGACGCUACUGCUCCAGUUGCUCCCCCGCCGUCCAAGAAACAGUUGAAGGGAAAGCCCAAGGAGAAACCAUCGAACGAAAACAAGAACAAGAAGAACGACGACAACGAGCUCUACUGUGUCUGCAACUUGCCUGGGUAUGGCGCUAUGAUUGCGUGUGAUGGCGAGCAAUGCCCAAACCCGAGUCAAUGGUACCAUUUGGAAUGUGUGGGGUUUUCCGACGGCCAGCACCCAGACACGUGGUUUUGCCCCGAGUGCGACCCAAAGGCGUUUGCUGCCGUCCAAAAGAAGAAGAAGAAGUCGGGGCGCGGGUCUGGCGACGACAAGUCGUCCAAGUCGUCGUCUGGGUCGAGUGGCUCGAGCAUGCGGCGGUAGGUGCUGUGCGUCAUGUUGUGCGGCCACGUAAUUCGAAAGUUGAACAAGAAGGCACACACACGUUGGCGUUCCUUUUUUAUAUUAUAAAUGGCCACACUCGUGAAUUCGCA